AGGCCACAGCAGUGAGAGGCCCGCGUACAGCAAAAAAAAAAAAAAAAAAAAAAAAAAAAAGAAGACCUAGACCUCGUUGAGGGCAGAUCCCCUGACUGCAGUCCUGCAUUAUCUAUUUUGCAUAAAACACACAAGAAUGAGCCAUCUGUAAUUUCCUGUUCCUGUUUCUUUAAAGAAAACAAGAAUGUAAAGAAACCUUCAAAGACAUGAGGGCCUAAUUCUGGAUUUUUCCAAUUAUGCCCUCAGUUCUUUCAGAGUUGUCUCACUCAUACCUAAUUCUCUGCACUGUUCUAUGGUACUAGGCAUUAACAAGUACGAUUGCCCAAAAAGCAUUUGGGAGUAAACAGAAUCUUUGAUAAACAUACAUUCCAACUGUAUGUAUAGAGUGUCACAUAGAUGAAUGCCCAUCCCCUUCAUGGUUCCACAUGGCUUAGGCAUAAGUCAAUAUGUUAUACACAAGGCAUGGGGAGUGUCAAUUAAUUGAUGAGCUGGUUAAGACAAGGGUGAUUCAAAAAGAUAGCUAAUUGGCACUGGCAGACUACUUCACCCAACAACAGCAGAAUAUACAUUCUUCUCAAGCUCACAUGGGAUAUUCACCGAGAUAGACUACCGUCUGGGCCAUAGAAUGCACCUUAACAGAUUCAAAAGCAUACAUAGCAUACAAGGUACGCUCUUUACCACAAUGGAAUUAAACAAGAAAUCAAGAAAAGAAAGAUCUGGAAAAUUCCAACGUCUUUGGAGAUUAAAUAACACACUUCUAACACACAUGGGUCUAAAAGUCUCAAGAGACAUUGAAAAAAUAUUUUACACUCAAGGAAAAGAAAAAAUUUAGAGACAGUGAAAGCAGUGCUUAGAGGAGAAUUUUUAGCACUGAAUGCAUAUAUUAGAAGAGAAGAAACAUCUAAACUCAGAUCGUGGAGCAACAGGUACUGCUGUAAAGAUCAUAGGAGACCAUAAACCAAUUUUCCUGAGCAUCAUAAAGAAACUCAGAAAGACCCGAGCCAACCAACUGGACAAGUUCAUCAAAGACCACCUCCUGCCAGACGAGGAUUUCCGCACGCAGGUCCAUGAAGCCAUCCAUAUCAUCUGCAGUUUCCUGAAGGAGAGGUGUUUCCGAUGGGCCCUCCACCCUGUUCGGGUGUCCAAAGUUGUGAAGGGUGGCUCCUCAGGCAAAGGCACGACCCUCAGGGGCCGAUCAGAUGCUGACCUCGUCGUCUUCCUCACCAAUCUUACAAGUUUACAGGAACAACUUCAGCGCCGAGGAGAAUUCAUCGAGGAAAUUAGGAGACAGCUGGAAGCCUGUCAAAGGGAGAAAACAUUUGAAGUGAAGUUUGAGGUCCAGAAACAGCAAUGGGAGAAUCCCCGUACUCUCAGCUUCAUGCUUAGAUCCCCUCAGCUCCAUGAGUGGGUGGAGUUUGAUGUCCUGCCCGCUUUUGAUGCCCUGGGUCAGUUGACCAGAGGCUACAGACCUGACCCUAAAGUCUACAUCCAGCUUAUCCAAGAGUGCGAGUCCCUGAGGAAAGAGGGCGAGUUCUCCUCCUGCUUCACGGAACUGCAGCGAGCCUUCCUGAAGGAUCGUCCAACCAAGCUGAAGAGCCUCAUCCGCCUUGUGAAGCACUGGUACCAAAUGUGUAAGAUGAGACAUGGGAAAAAACUGCCCCCACAAUAUGCCCUGGAGCUUCUGACAGUCUAUGCUUGGGAGCAAGGAAGCAUGGAAACAGAAUUCAGCACAGCUCAGGGAUUUCAGACUGUUUUGGAAUUAGUCCUGAAGCACCGGCACCUCUGCAUCUACUGGGAAAAGUAUUAUGACUUUGAAAACCCUAUUAUUGGACAAUACCUGAGAAGGCAACUUGUAAAACCCAGACCUGUGAUUCUGGACCCAGCUGACCCUACUGGAAAUGUGGCUGGUAAAGACCGAUAUAGCUGGCAGCUGCUGGCACAAGAGGUUAGAGUCUGGCUGGGGUACUCAUGCUGUAAGAAUUGGGAUAGGUCUCCAGUCAGCACCUGGAAGGUGCCGGUGUGACCUCCUGAUUCCCUCAUGUGACCUGAUAUUAAUGGCAUGUUGAAAUAACAACUUCUAAAAAUACUGCAUUGAAUCAAAUUGAAUUUCAUCUCUGUCUUUGUACUCUUUUACUGUGGUUGCUAGAAAAUGUAAAAUUACACAUGUGUUCUGCCCCAGAAUGGAUCACUGGAUUAGACAAUAGGCUUACCAACUCACAUUGUCACCCCGUCUUGGUACCAAAAGCAACAUUGCAUUUACAAAAGUCCAGUCAAUAAAAACUCCCUUAAGGAUGCACAAAAGAUCAAGCAUGUUCUUACCACCUGAGUUGCUGGCCACGUGUGUGGCUGGGAAACAGUCUUUGGCUUCUCCAUAUUACUGUUCCUCCUUUGAGUCCUCCAGCAUCCCUGUGAGAUGGGUCUUAUUCUUGUUCUCAUAAUAAUACACUGAGAUUUGGGCACUUGCUUGAGUCACCAAACAUUCCAGCAGCAUUUGUUGAAGGGACCAUCCUUUCCCCACUGUUCUGUAAAAGCCACCUCUAACAUUUGUCCAGAGCCCGUCUGUGUGUGAGUCUGUGUAGUUCCAUUGGUCAACUUUGGCAUCCUUGAGUUAAUACUACCUUGACUAAUUACUCUAGCCUGGUGUUAAUUCUUAAUUUCUUGUAGAAAACUCUUUUUUUAUCCAAACCAAUGUCUUCUCUUGGCUCUAUAUCUAUGUUAAUAUUAUACUCCGUUUGUGAGGUUUCACCCAAAAUACGGGGAGGCAUUUGAUUAGAAUUCCAUAAAUUAGUUCAGGGAAGAUGACAUCUAUUGAGAAUCCCAAUCCACAAACUUGGAGCUUCUUUCCAUUAAUUUUCCUCUUCUUGAAUUACUCUGUAACUAUGUUUUAUCAUUUUUCCCUGCAUUGGUCUUAAGUGUGUUUUGUCAUAUUAUUCCUAGAUACUUGUUUUUAUGUUAUUGUACUUUGUAGGUUUUCUUUCAUUUCAUUUUGUAAUGGUUGGUUUCAUGAAGACCUAAAUGUUUUCAGUGGGUAUAUUUGAUUAAAGCAUGGUGAGUGAGUGAGCUUUAUACUUUUCUGAAUUUUGUGAUUUUUGUUUUGCUGUAAAUUUGUACUGCUUGAAUGACCACAAGAAACAAUAAAGCAUUUUCUUUCAAAA